CUGAUCUAGAGUUUCAUCGUGGACAUUUACAUAAGGAUGCAGAGGAGGAGUCUGACAAUCUGACAGAUAUAAAGAGUGUUUGUGGCAGACUGAAGAACACAAACGAUAAAACUGAUCUCUGCUGUGAUCUACUGAGGAGAGAUUGAGAAGAUGGCAGGAAGUUCAUCAAUAACUCUAGAUUCCUAGAGAUGUUUUCAGUGUGAUGUUCAUCUCUUUCUCUCUGAUUCUGUAGAUGUUGGUGUUUUUAGCAACUAUUUUCUCUGUUGCUCUGGUGAGCGGAUGCAGUCAGGAUAAACCUAUGCCAGUUGACUGUUCUGACCUUUAUAAAUCAGGACAAACAGUCAGUGGGAUUUACUCCAUCUAUCCAGCAGGAGACAUUCCUGUCUGGGUUUACUGUGAGAUGAUCUCAGGUGGGAAAGAUGAAGACAACGGAGCAUGGACGGUGUUUCAGAGGAGAAUGGACGGCACUGUGAAUUUCUAUCGGCCGUGGAAUCAGUACAAGAGAGGAUUUGGGAAUGUGGAGGGAGAAUACUGGCUGGGGCUGGAGAACAUGUACCAGCUGACACGUAAGAACAAGUACAUGCUGCAAGUGGAUCUGGAGGACUUCACCGGGAGGAAAGGUUUCGCUCUGUACUCCUCCUUCUCUGUGGAUCGUGAAACCCAAGGGUAUAAACUACAUGUUUCAGGAUUCACUGAUGGAGGAGCAGGAGACUCUAUGACCGUCCAUGAUGGACAGAAGUUCACCACCUUUGACAAAGACCAAGACUCCUAUGAAACAAACUGUGCCAGAGUGUAUCUUGGGGCGUUUUGGUACUAUAACUGUCACCUUGCAAACCCCAAUGGUGUGUAUUUAUGGGGAGAUGAUCCCACCCUUUUCGCUGUUGGAAAUGUUUGGUACACAUGGACAAACAAUUUUUCUGUUGGUAUGAAAUCCAUCAGCAUGAAGAUCAGACGCGUAUCUGUUCAGGGGGUCGGGGUCAGGGUCGGGGUGGCAAGGUUUGGGGGGUUUCGUUAAAUAUACAAUGGAAGCAAAUCAAUAAACUUCGGCAAUUAAAAGGUU